AUGAGUGCCACCAAGGCGGAGUCUCAAAAAAUCUUUGAGAAACUCAAGUUAAAGCCUGCAAACAAAAUAUGUUUCGACUGCGGCACAAAGAAUCCUACCUGGUCAUCUGUGCCGCUCGGAAUCUACCUAUGUCUUGACUGCUCAGCGAACCACCGUAACCUCGGUGUUCACAUCUCAUUCGUUCGUUCCACAAACCUCGACCAAUGGCAAUGGGAACAGCUCCGAGUUAUGAAAGUCGGUGGAAACGAGUCCGCUACGAAAUACUUCCAGUCGAACGGAGGAUCCGCCGCCCUUGCUAGCAAGGACGCGAAGGUCAAAUACACCUCCAAUGCCGCCGUCAAAUACAAGGAAGAGUUGAAGAGACGGGCUGCCUUGGACGCUCAAGAUUACCCCGAGGAGGUUGUGGUUACAGAUGUCCCCGCUGCUGCAGCGUCGAAUGGCUCUAGCACACCCGCAGGCGAUGGGGACGACGAUUUCUUUUCUUCCUGGGACAAGCCGGCCAUCAAGCGACCCAGCAACCCCCCUUCUCGUACCGGCACCCCGCCUGUCGUGAGCCGUACUGCAUCUCCGUUCCUCAAUGCUGGCGCCAAUGGCUCGCGCUCGAAGUCACCGCUUUCGGGAUCUGAUAAAGAAUCAUCUGCCCCAGCAGCGCCAACUGCGAUCAGGGCGAGUGCCUCUGUUAGAAAGACUGGUGGUGCCGCCACUGCGAAGAAGGGUAGUCUUCUGGGAGCCAAGAAGGUGCCCAAGCUCGGUGCUAAGAAGGUUGGUGGCGCGGAACUGAUCGACUUCGACGAAGCGGAGAGAAAGGCCAAGGAGGAAGCGGAACGUAUUGGGAAGUUGGGCUACGAUGCGGAAGCAGAAGAAGCCGAGGCCAAGGCCAAGGCACCAACCACGGGGGCCACCGCUAUUGUUUCACCAACUCCGAUCAGCCCUGCCCCGAGAUCCUCCCAUGAGCGGAAUUCCAGUGAUGUGGAGCGUCUUGGGAUGGGAAUGGGACGACUUGGCUUCGGCCAAACCUUUAGCGCGAAGCCUGCUGCUCCUGCGCCGAAGAAGCUCGGCUUUGGUGCCGUUGGCUCUCCGCGAUCUGCUGAAGAUGAGGAAGAAAUCCGACAGACCAAGACCAAGUUCGGUGCUCAGAAGGGCAUUUCAUCCGACGAGUUCUUUGGGCGUGAGAGAUUCGACUCGAAUGCACAGUCAGAAGCGAAGGAGCGCCUUCGCCAAUUCGACGGUGCCCAGGCUAUUUCUAGCAACUCGUACUUUGGCCGACCCGAAGAUGACCUUCCUCCUGCCGAUGACGGCUACGGCGACCUUGAGACCGCCGCAAAGGACUUUGUCCGUAGAUUCGGCAUCACUGCUGGCGAUGACCUCGAGAACUUGACGCAACUCAUGGGAGAUGGUGCUACCAAGCUUCAAGGCGCUAUACGCAGCUACCUCAACAGCUAA